AUGGCGCCCUUCUAUCUAUUUUUGGUUUUAUUAAUUCAGAGCUCUCUCACACUUGCUGACAAUGAAGAAGUUCAUAAGCCCGAAGAAACGACCCCUGACGUGGUAACAGAAAUCCCAAAUAUAGAUUCAUUAACAGAGAUCAAAAACAUAAACAAAGAUUGGCUGAAUAUAGCUCUGAUGCCUGCAGAUAUGAAUUUGUUCCCAUCAUCAUCAGUUGCUAUGAUGACACAAAUGACAGAGUUAGACCAACCAGACGAAGAAAAGGUAGAAAACAUCAAAGACAUGGCCAAUAAAAUUUCUCUAGCAAUUCAAAGUGAAAUGGCUAAUCUUCUCCGUUUCGCUUUAAAAGACUGCGAUAAAGAUCUUGAAGAAAACAGCUUAAGAAAGAAAAGAUCAGCGGAAAACCCCAUGGAUAGUUCUCAACUAGUUAUGAGAUUAUUAAGACAUAUCAAAUCCAAUAAUGAAUACCAAAAUGUUGCCAUAGAUAAAAUGAUGACGGCUCAGGAAAUAGCAGACAAAUACGGUAUAGAGUUCAACCCUGACCCUGAAAUACUGACUGAUUUAGCUACCGCUGCGAAUGAUCAAGUCAAGGAAAUGUCAUCUAUCCUUAAUGAUGUCUUGAAAAUUAAUAACAUCACACAAGAUCCCGUUGAAUUCGUACCAGUUGAACAAAAGUAUACAGAAAAUCCGACUAAGACAGAUGCAUACUAUGUCUAUUCUGUUAAUGUUCCUGAAGAAGAAAUUAUUGCUCAAUACAAUACGCUGCCACAUCAUGAGUAUUCUCCUGAAAUUAUUCAGAAUGUACCGCAAAAUAUGAAUCAUCAUCAGUACGACCAUCAGCCUCACCAAAACUAUUAUUACCCAGAGUCCCAAAUAGUUUCUCCUCCAGUACAUCAACACUACAACCCAGUAAGUCAAAUGCCAAACUUCUAUGAACCGUUUACAUUCUUCCCCGGCCAAGAGUACCAUCCUCAAUAUUCUCCUGUAGAGCCUAUUACAACUACAACUACUAUAGUCCUGCCAAUUGAAGAGAUUGUUGAACCUGAACCAAUUUUGGUUGGGGAAGAAUACGAAGAAACAGUUACUUCUAAGGUUUACGUCGACCAUGGAGAUGAACCAGGUUCAAGCACAGUGAACCAUGUAAUGACUUACACAAUAUCAGAAAAAUCGCAUUUCAAAACACCCGAAGUGGAGAAACUUCCCCAACAAAUGCAAUACUAUUUCUUUUUAAUGUGA